UGUAAAACACUUCCGGCUACAGCUAUAUGUCAUGUGACAUUUAUUCCGAACUCUUCUGCGGAGCUAGGGUGUGUGUAUUGCGAUAAAUUGUUAAACCUAAAACGUAAAUAUAAGGGUUUGUAUAAUUUACGUCGAUAUUUGAGGUUCUGUUCUUCCGGGAAAUAACAAUGUCAGCACAUUUGAAUAUGGGUGAUGUAUGAUUUGAAAAGAUAUCUUUACAAACAGUUGCCAAGUGUAGAGGGUCUGCACGCAAUUGUGGUGACUGACAGAGAUGGAGUUCCAGUAAUUAAAGUUGCCAAUGACAGCGCCCCAGACUACGCACUCAGGCCUGGGUUUCUUUCUACCUUUGCUUUGGCAACAGACCAAGGCAGCAAGCUGGGACUCUCUAAAAACAAAAGCAUCAUCUGUUACUACAACAUGUACCAGAUUGUGCAGUUCAACCGGUUACCUCUGGUGAUCAGCUUUAUUGCAAGCAGUAGUGCCAAUACAGGCCUGAUUAUCAGCCUGGAGAAGGAGCUGGUCCCGCUGCUCGAUGAGCUGAGGCAGGUGGUGGAGGUGUCCUAGGCGAGGAGCACGACGUAUGGGGCGACACGGAAACAUCGCAAGGCUCCAACCCACAUGUCUGUGCAGAGAGCCUGUGUGUGUUUGUGCAAUCAACUCCUUGCCAGUUCCUCUACACACACAUCAACUGGAAGACUGGGGUCAAGAGUCACUUUUGUAGAAAGUACAAACUUUUAAAAAAUGUUCAAUGAUUUUUUUUUUUGUGAAGAAUACUUAAUAUAUACACAUUUCCUUGUUAGUGUUUCCUUUUAAACCAUUUAUACGUCCAUCCCUAUAAAUGCCAAGAACAAAUAUCUUCAUCUCGGACAAGCACUGUUCAAACUUCAAAUGUAAACUAAUGUAAUAUAGCACCUUCUUGUCUGUUGCUUGGAUAUUUUAAAUACCAAUAAAAUGGUUUGACAAGACUGCAUACAAUUAUGGUUUCAUGGCUUUAGAUGAACCAGGAUAUGAUUUAUUUAUGAGCUCUCUCUUUGUGUAAAGUCUCCUUUUGUUUGCCAAUAUUUACUAUAUUAACAUGCCGAGUUGUCCAGUAGAACAUAAGUAUUUGCAGUUUUGCUUUAUGGGUGAUUGCUGUUUUUUUAAUCUUUAUAAUAUUGACCCACCUAGAUCAACUACCUGCAUGUUGGUUUACUAAUAUUCCAUGUGUAGAAGAAAGCUGUACUGCCUCUUUGUUUCAUUGGUACUUACUGUAUCUCAGAGACUUGUGAAAGGCACGUUGGUGCUUUAAUUUGUAUUAAUAUAUUUCAUUUGUAAAUUACAGGUCAAUUCUGUAACUCUUACAAGAACUUUUUGAAUGAAUGAAUUCAUGUAAUACCAAAUAACACACAACUCAAAAACUA